CUUCCGAGCAUGAGUUCUGUUUACUGUUGAUUUAUUUAUAAUAAAAUAGAUUAGUCUCCUUUUUUUUUUUUUGCAAUUUUUUGUUCUAAAACAGUUAUGAAGUUUUCGAUCAUCGGUGUACUUAAUACCGGAGCCAGACAAGGGAAAUUAACCAAUAUUUCCAGGCUACCGGGAGUUGUUUUAGAAACUCCAUUACUGCUUUUUUAUACUAAAGGAGGAAGUAUACCACACAUUACAAGGGAAGUAUUGGACCUAUUAACCAAAGAAAAUUUAGGGAUUCAAAUUACCCUACCAUCUACUAUUCAGUGUUUUGAAGGAGCCAAAUCGUUUGGUAAAGGCAUAGCAGAAUUUGUUGGGCUCAAGGAAAUGCUUACGUACUGCUCUGUUCAAGACUCAGCUAUCAAUACUCCUGAAGGAUAUAAUUCCAAGGAACAGAUUUCAGUUUGGUCUAAUACAGGAAGAGUUGCCGUUAAUGCCGACAAAUACAUGGAUAUUAUUGAAACUUUUCAACCUGAUUUUUAUCAAGCUCUGUCUAAUGGAGAUACACAUUCAGAUUCUUCCAAAAAAAAAACACAAAAAGUUAUGGAUUCAAGUGAUAAACUUUUAGAUAAAUGUUUGGAACGGCAUCAGUCUUCAUUGGCCUUAAAAUCUAUAUCAAUUUUUGGAAAUAUUGAAGGAGGUUAUGAUGUAGACCUUAGAAAACUUUCUGCACAAGUUGUAUCCAGUAAACCAGUUGAUGGUUUCAUCAUAAAUGGUCUUCACAAUAAUGGUCCAGAUGUUGAGAAAUUGAAUUUGAAGAAAGUAGCUCCCCUUUUGGAAGCAGUAAUGAAACACUUACCCGAAGAUAAACCACGUAUUAUUCAUGGUUGUUGGAGACCAGAACAUGUUUUAAAAAUGGUUGAUAUGGGAAUAGAUAUUUUUGACUCCUCACUAGUCUAUAUCACUACUGAAAGAAAAUCAGCUUUCAUCUUUCAAUAUUUUGAGGUUCCAGUUGAAGAAUCCAGAACAGAAAGCUUUGAUGAGUGUUCUAUUCUAGAAAUUAAUCUAGAAGAUAAAAGCUAUAAAGAAGAUUUUCGACCUAUUCUUGAGGAUUGUACCUGUCUCAGUUGUAGAAAACAUUCAAGAGCUUAUAUACAUCAUCUAAUCAUGAACAAGGAGCUUCUUGCAUCGACACUACUUAUGUUGCACAAUUUGCACCACUACAUGUUAUUUUUUAAUUCAAUAAGAACAGCAGCUUCUAAAGGAAAAAAAAUAUCUAUUUCAUAUUGAAAUUCGGGCCGUCCUAAGGACAUAUUUUAUUAUUAUUUAUAAGAAAUGUAUUAUCAGUAUUAUUAAAUAUUUACUUAUAUUGCUUUAAGUAUACUUAUUAUAUUUAUAUUUCUUUUUUCUUUUUUAUUAAAUGCAUUUACAUUUUAUUUUUAGAAUUGACUUCUAACUAUUCAUUUAUAUUUAGAAUUUACUUGCCUUUAGUCACUAUUUAUUUGCUUAAAGCAACAACCUUAGAUUAAUUCAAUGUUUUUCAUAUCCCC